GCAGGUUUCGUGCCGAUAACUUGAACAAGCUGAAGAAUCUGUGCAGCAAAACGAUCGGAGACAAGAUGAAGAAAAAAGAGCCAGUGGGGACAGACGAAUCUGUACCGGAGAGCGCACAGAACCUCGACGAGCUCACUGCUGACGUCCUGGGGACUCUGCAGGUAUCCCAGAUCAAGCAAGUCCGUCUCCUCAUCGAUGAAGCCAUCCUCAAGUGUGAUGCCGAGCGUGUGAGGCUGGAGGCAGAACGUUUUGAGAGCCUGCGGGAGAUUGGGAACCUCCUCCACCCCUCGGUGCCCAUCAGCAACGAUGAGGAUGUGGACAACAAGGUGGAACGGGUCUGGGGUGACUGCAGCUGCAGGAAGAAGUAUUCCCACGUAGACCUGGUGGUGAUGGUAGAUGGUUACGAGGGAGAGAAGGGGGCUGUCGUGGCGGGCAGCCGGGGCUACUUCCUUAAGGGUCCCCUGGUGUUCCUGGAGCAGGCCCUGAUCCAGUAUGCCCUGCAGAGCCUCCGCGCCAAGGGCUACACUCCCGUCUACACCCCCUUCUUCAUGCGGAAGGAGGUGAUGCAGGAGGUCGCCCAGCUCAGCCAGUUCGACGAGGAGCUCUACAAGGUGAUUGGCAAAGGCAGUGAGAAGGCUGACGACAGCUCCAUUGACGAGAAGUACCUGAUCGCCACCUCGGAGCAGCCCAUCGCCGCCCUGCACCGGGACGAGUGGUUGAAACCGGAGGAUCUGCCCAUCAAGUAUGCGGGGCUGUCGACCUGCUUCCGUCAGGAGGUGGGCUCGCAUGGCCGCGACACCCGCGGCAUCUUCCGCGUCCACCAGUUCGAGAAGAUUGAGCAGUUUGUCUACGCCUCGCCCCAUGACAACAAGUCGUGGGAGAUGUUUGAGGAGAUGAUGGCCACGGCCGAGGAUUUCUACCAGUCCCUGGGCAUCCCCUACCACAUCGUCAACAUCGUCUCGGGCUCCCUCAACCACGCUGCCAGUAAGAAGCUGGACCUGGAGGCCUGGUUCCCUGGUUCUGGUGCUUUCCGCGAGCUCGUGUCCUGCUCCAACUGCACCGACUACCAGGCACGACGCCUGCGCAUCCGCUAUGGACAGACUAAGAAGAUGAUGGACAAGGUGGAGUUUGUGCACAUGCUGAACGCCACAAUGUGUGCCACCACCCGCACCAUCUGCGCCAUCCUGGAGAACUACCAGACCGAGGAGGGCAUCUGCAUCCCUGAGAAGCUCCGAGACUUCAUGCCCCCAGACCUGCGGGAACUGAUCCCGUUCGUGAAGCCGGCUCCCAUCGAGCAGGAGCUCUCCAAGAAGCAGAAGAAGCAGCAGGAGGGGGGCAAGAAGAAGCCAGGGGUGGGAGGUGAGCGGGUGCUGGAGGAGCAGAUGCAGAACAUGGGUGUCAACAGCGCCUGA